AUGAGAGAGUGCAUUUCAAUCCACAUCGGUCAGGCUGGGAUCCAAGUGGGUAACGCCUGCUGGGAGCUAUACUGCCUUGAACACGGCAUUCAGCCUGAUGGCCAAAUGCCAAGUGACAAAACUGUGGGCGGCGGAGACGAUGCCUUCAACACUUUCUUCAGUGAAACCGGGGCCGGAAAGCACGUUCCCCGCGCCGUGUUCCUUGACCUUGAGCCCACCGUCAUUGAUGAGGUGAGGACCGGAACUUACCGUCAACUGUUCCACCCAGAGCAACUCAUCAGUGGCAAAGAAGACGCUGCGAACAACUUCGCCAGAGGCCACUACACAAUUGGGAAGGAGAUUGUGGAUCUCUGCCUUGACCGAAUCAGGAAGCUUGCAGAUAACUGUACUGGGCUUCAAGGGUUUCUGGUGUUUCACGCUGUUGGAGGCGGGACUGGGUCUGGUCUUGGUUCUCUGCUCUUGGAAAGGCUCUCUGUUGAUUAUGGCAAAAAAUCAAAGCUUGGGUUCACAGUUUACCCAUCUCCUCAGGUCUCAACCUCUGUUGUUGAGCCUUACAACAGCGUCUUGUCCACUCACUCCCUCUUGGAGCACACCGAUGUGGCUGUCCUUCUCGACAACGAAGCCAUCUACGAUAUCUGCCGUAGAUCGCUUGACAUUGAGAGACCCACUUACACCAACCUCAACAGGCUUGUUUCUCAGGUUAUUUCCUCACUCACUGCUUCUCUGCGUUUUGAUGGGGCUCUCAAUGUGGAUGUGACAGAGUUCCAGACCAAUUUGGUUCCCUACCCAAGAAUCCAUUUCAUGCUCUCCUCUUAUGCACCGGUCAUCUCAGCCGAGAAGGCCUACCACGAGCAACUCUCCGUGGCGGAAAUCACCAACAGCGCCUUCGAGCCGGCUUCUAUGAUGGCGAAAUGUGACCCAAGACACGGGAAAUACAUGGCCUGCUGCUUGAUGUACAGAGGAGAUGUGGUUCCAAAGGAUGUGAAUGCUGCUGUGGCCACAAUCAAGACCAAGAGGACCAUCCAGUUUGUGGACUGGUGCCCAACUGGGUUCAAGUGUGGCAUCAACUACCAGCCUCCUACUGUUGUUCCUGGGGGAGACUUGGCCAAGGUGCAGAGAGCUGUGUGCAUGAUUUCCAACUCCACCAGUGUGGCUGAGGUGUUUUCGAGGAUCGAUCACAAGUUCGAUUUGAUGUACGCGAAGCGGGCGUUUGUGCAUUGGUAUGUUGGGGAGGGAAUGGAGGAAGGGGAGUUUUCGGAGGCCAGGGAGGACUUGGCUGCUCUUGAGAAGGAUUAUGAGGAAGUUGGGCUUGAGUCUGCUGAAGGUGAAGAUGAUGAAAAUGACGAGUAUUAG